AUGAAUAAUACUUUCCGUUUUUUCACAAUUAACGUAAGAAAUAUACGAAAUGGAAUCUCAAGUUCCAUUAGAAGUCCUUCAAAUAUGAUAGUUCGAAGGUUAGCUUCAGUAAAUAAUGCAACUUCACAAGAAGUUCCUACCAAAGCACCUUCAGAAGUUUCAGCAGCUGAAAUGUAUGCUAUAGGAAAUCGUGUUAGAAAUGAUUGGACUAUACAAGAAAUACAAUCCAUUUAUGAUUCUCCUAUCAUGAGUCUUUUAUAUUUUGGAGCUAAAGUUCAUCGUGAAUAUCAUGAUCCUCUCGCAGUACAACAAUGUACUUUGUUAAGCAUUAAAACUGGAGGGUGUUCAGAAGAUUGUUCAUAUUGUCCGCAAUCAUCUAAAUACAAAACAAUAGUUAAAGCUACAAAGUUGCUAGAUACUGAUGAAGUAUUAAUUGCUGCAAAAAAAGCUAAAGAAGUGGGAACUGCGUGGCGUGAUUUAAGUGGUAGAAAAUCUAAUUUUAAUAAAAUUUUAGGAUACGUAAAAGAAAUUAGAUCAAUGGGAAUGGAAGUUUGUUGUACGUUAGGCAUGUUGGAUGAAGCUCAAGCUAAAGCAUUAAAAGAAGCAGGAUUAACAGCAUAUAAUCAUAAUUUAGAUACAUCACGAGAAUUUUAUCCAAAGCCUGAAGAUCGAGUAGGAAUGUUACAUACAUUAGCUACAUUACCACAUCAUCCGGAGAGUGUGCCUAUUAAUGCUCUUGUACAAGUUGAAGGAACUCCAUUAGCAAAACAAGAGCCUGUAUCAAUUUGGGAAAUGAUUCGUAUGAUUUCUACAGGACGUAUUAUUAUGCCUAAAGCUAUGAUAAGAUUAUCAGCUGGUCGAAUAAGAUUUUCACAUGCAGAACAAGCAUUAUGUUUUAUGGCAGGAGCAAAUUCCAUUUUUACUGGUGAUAAAUUAUUAACAACUGAAAAUAAUGAUUUUAAUGAAGAUCAAGAAAUGUUUAAAAUAUUAGGAUUAAUUCCUAAGGAAGCGAAUUUUAAUCAAGGCACACCAGAAAUGAAAGAUGACAACAUUAAUAAUAAUUUUAUUCCAAAAACAUUAUAA